AUGGCCAAGGUCCAGGAAAAAAAGGCAGGUGUCAAGAAGAAGGCUACAGUGGUAGUGAAGGAUGACAAACAAAAAGGUGAAACUGAGGAAGUCCAGAAUUUAGGAUUGUAUCUGAGAACACUUCCAGCUGCCAAGAAGAAGUUUGUGAAGUUUCGAAAAAGGAAAAAGUCUCCUACAAGUGCUGAACUGCUGUUAAUAGAUCCAAGAUACAGUGCUUCCAAGGAGGGGCCGUUCGGUUUGGGCCCGCUAGUUCUGCCUUGUUUACAGCGUUUCAACAACAUUGAUUCCUUCCUGACUAUAUACUUUGUGGCGGCCUUAAUUCACGGUAUUAUAUAUGCUUUUUCAGAUCUGAGUAUGGCAAAAUAUGAGGCUAAAUUCCUCCUGUCACAGCGAGAGACGCUUAUGAUGGAUUUAAGUGACUAUCUUUCGUCUUUCCUGGUAGCACUAUUUGUCUCGUACUUUGGACGCAAAGGAAACAAAUCGAAAUGGGUGGCAGCUGCCUCCAUUUUACUGGGACUUGAAUCUAUUUUGUUUGCUGUCCCCUUUUUAAAAUAUGAAAUCAUGAGAGCCAUGGAAGAAACUGAAGAGCUGUGCAUAGAAGAAAGACAAAAGACAGUGGACAGUUGUGGUGGAAUGAGAGUACCCUACAGAUCAACAUGUAUCUAUCUCUUCAUCUUCUCGCAGUGCCUCCAUGGAAUAGCAGGGAUGCCAAUUUAUAUUCUUGGUGUGAACUUCAUUUUUGACCAUGUUCCCACAUACUCAGCUGGCUUAUAUUUAGCUAUCGGGGAUGCUGCAAAAAUGGUGGGAUACUCUCUGGGUUUUACAAUAGGAGGACGAAUUCUUAAGCCUAAGAAUGAAACAUUGAACGCAGUUAAAACUCUUCAAAGCUUUCGACAACAGCAGCGUCGUUGGGGGAAAGCAUUUUUGUUUGUUGCAGCAAUCUCACUUUGUACAUCUUUACCAUUAUUAUGUUUUCCAUCUAGUUUACCCGGUGCACAUAAGUUAAGACUUGUAAAAAGAAAGGAACCGCCCACCAUCGACAGGAGACUUAAAGAUAAGGAAAUUGGACCUCAUUUGAAGGAUUUUUUUCAUGCUAUUUGGUGUCUGUUGAAGAACCCACUGGUGCUGACACAGGCAAUCUGCAAAGUCACAGAGUCCAUGACACUUAAGUCAACUUCAUACUUUUUGCCCAAAUAUUUACAAAGUCAAUUUUUAAUAACACCCAAACUUGCCACUAAGCUCACAGGAUUUAUUGUAAUUCCAGGAAGUUUAAUUGGCCAUUUUCUUGGAGGUAUAAUUGCUGACAGAUUGGAAAUGUCUUGUAAGAACAAAUUGAAAUUCACACUGGUGACAUCUGUUGUAGCAAUUGUACUUUUCCUAUUAAUCUUUUUUGUAGAGUGUGAAACAACAAAAUUUGCUGGAAUCAAUGAAGAUUAUGAUGGCUUAGGUAGAAUUGGAAGCCUCACAGCUCCAUGCAAUGAGAAAUGUGGUUGCACAACUUCUGUCUAUUCUUCUGUAUGUGGAAGAGAUGAAAAAGAAUAUUUCUCUCCCUGCUUCGCAGGCUGUUAUGCUGCUAAACAAAUUGAAGAAGAAAAGACAUACUAUAAUUGUUCUUGCAUUAAAGAAGGAUUGACAACUGCUGAUAGAGAAGGCCAUUUUUUUGAUGCUAUUUCUGGAUCAUGUAAUACCAAAUGUCUUUCAUUUCCUUUGUUUUUUGCUUUUUACUUUUCUGCAACUGUUUUUUCUAAUAUGUGUAGUAUUCCUGUCACCUUGGUUAUCCUCCAAAGUGUACCUGCCAACUUCAAUUCACUGGGCCUGGGUGUGACCUAUACAAUUUGGAGAUUUUCUGGUUCCGUUCCUGUACCAAUAAUUUUGGCAGUAUCAGAGAUUUUGUCAUGUAUUUACUGGGACAUUGAUGAAUGUGGAGGCAAGGGGCGAUGUUGGGUCUUUAAUAAGUCAACGCUGGUCCAGAUAUUUAUGGGACUAUGGGUUAGCUUACAAUUGCUCACAAUCUUUCUUAAUAUGUAUGCCAUUCACAAAUAUAAUUAUGUGGUAAUGGGAAGCAUUGAGAGGGUGGCUCCACCUGUAAAGGACGUGAAAGCAAAAAAGGAAGAAAAAGCUUAA